GAUGUAAAUAAUGCAUCGGACUAAAAACGCACAAUAAAUGAAAUUUAUUUAUAAGGCGAUAAGGACAAACAUGCAAAUUCCGUGUGCUGAUACCUCUCGACAGUGUGCGCCGGUGCGCUCUCGGCAGAAGAAGAAGCAGAAGAAGAAGGACGCUGCGGGUGCCCGCUGUGUCGGCUCUGUGGUACCCAGGAGUCAUGGCCGAGUCCACCUUUUACAGCACGGACAUCGGUAACUCUACCCUUUUAAGCACGAGCAUAGGGACGACAACCGAGAUGCAAGAAAGGGACGAUGACAACUGGAGGUUCACUCUCUUCGCCUCUUCCUUAAGCAUUUUUGGCUUCCUUGCCACCAUCGUUAUUAUUUCCCUGUUCCUUUUCCUGACACCCGCAGAGGACAUCAACACUCUCGCCUCGCUUGAUGAGCGCUAUCGUUCAAGCUACAGUGAACGCAGUGGAGGAGUGCCCAAAUCUGCACACGGGACUGCAGCCCCCGCUACUAACACGGGGAAAAGCUUCACGUCCACAACAUCAGGAAGGACUCAGCCUAUGCGGUUUGUGUGCACUGUGGGUCCGGCAUUCGCAGCGGGGAUGCCUUUGCCCAAGGACGGCCUGUGCACGCUGGUUUUCUUCGACUCGGUGUACGCUGGUGGCAACAGCGGUCUGGGCCCCACCGGCCUUGCUGGGAAUGUCAUGGCGUUCCUCGAGUGGGCGACAAACAGUGCAGGAGGAACCACGCAGUUCGGCGUUUCCUUGGCCAUAGAUGACCAAAACCUUGAAAGUGAGGCCAAGACGAAACGUUUUGAGAGUGGUAUCAGCUGGAUCUCGAGGCAAGGAAUCGCUCACUUCGGCUUCCUCAAUGCCUAUCUAAGCUAUAGUUCCCCGGCGCAUAUCACCGUGGCCCUCAAUGUACUCAAGACAAUCGACGACUACCUCAAGCUGAGGAACAUUCGCACCAGUAGUACAGUGAUGGCUCUGGGCGUGGCCCCUGUUUACCCAAAAGAGUUCAGCUCCUACGUUGACCUCAUGAAGCAGGUGUUCAAACCAGACCUCUUCAUUGCUAUCGGGCACAUUUCGUACUGGGAUGAUGGCAGGCCAGACUGCAUCAUCAUGCCUCCGAGCGUGUACUCAUUUCCACCGUCUUUCACUGCUCCUUACGGUCACACUCUGGAGGACUCCUUGGAGCUCUUACGACAAGUACAGACCAUGCCAGACCACCCGGCGUUGGGGCUGUCGCUGAGUCUGCAUGGACGUAUUUACAUAGUCAGGCAUCCGGAAGACCAGAAUCCUCACAACAUCGGCACUUUCUCCGUUUUCAACCAGUGCAACGUUAGCGAAAUCGUCGCUCCCACUGAGAUAUGCAACUCACAAUCGCCACGAGGACUGAAGUUCAACUACGUGUACAACAAGCUUUUAUAUGUGGCCCAGUCUUACGAUAAGGCGUCAAGAAAGACGUCCACAUUCGAAAGCGAAGAGACGCUCAUCGCCAAGGUCUGUACCAUCAAGGAGACAGCCAUGGCAAUGGACUUCAACAUCGCGGCGUAUGACAUAGAACGGGACUCGCCAAAACCCGUGUGCAAUGCCCUUACACUGAAAGGAAGCUAUGCGCGCCUCUCGGUGUUGAAGAAACUUAAUAGGUUCGUCGCUGUCAACUACAAGACGGCAACGCACAAAACGGAGUGCUUUACAUAUGCGAAAUCCUGAACAUUCUAAUGUUUCUAUCGCUUUUAACAUAUUUUCUUUAGGUCAAUACUGAUUUUCUGUAGACUAUAGCCUAAUGCGCUGCUUUCCGUCAAUAUAAUCUUUAUAAUUAUUA